AUGAAGUAUAAUUAUAAGUUUCAAAACCUACUAGGUACCGUUUAUCGACGUGGGGACAUUUUAUUUACUAAUGAUGGAAACUGUGUUAUAAGUCCUGUGGGAAACAAAUUAACAGUUUACAAUUUAAAACAAAAUAAAAGUAACACUCUAGCAAUAGAGAGUCAUUAUAACUACACUGCACUUGAUGUAUCUCCUAGUGGAACAGUUCUAUUAGCUAUUAAUGAGCAGGGUGAAGCACAAAUGAUCAGUUUGCUAACAUGUACAGUGGUACACAGAUAUAAAUUUAAACAGCAUGUUAAUGCAGUUAAAUUUAGUCCAGAUGGAAAACAUUUUGCGGCCUGUUGUGAUGAUACAGUUUUCAUUAUGACAGCACCAAGUGUGUACACUGGUGAAUUCCGUUCCUUUAUAAUGAAGAGAGUUUUCAAAAAGGCACUUGAUGAUGUGACAUGCCUAGACUGGUCUUCCUGUGGCAAGCUUUUGGCUGUUGGUUCAAAAGAUACUUCAACAAAAGUAUACUCAAUAGAAUAUUUGGACAAUAUCAACAUUUUCUCGUUAAGUGGACAUACAGAUAAGAUUAUUGGGGUAUUUUUUGAGAAGAAAAGUCUUGAUUUGAUAACAGUAAGCAGGAAUGGACAAGUUUGUUUGUGGGAUGCCAGUAUUGAACCUGAUGACCUUGUAGUAUCCGAGGUCCAGAUUUCGCACCAGAAACGAAGAAAAAUUAAUAAAGAAGAUGAUCUUGUUGAAGAUAAUAUUGAAGAAAAAGAUGUUAUAGAAAAAGAUAAGGAAUAUGUGAGUGACGAAGAUGAAGAAAUGUUGCCAGAAGUUAAGGAAGAGGUAAAAAAAUUGCAAUAUAAGAAAUUAGGACGCCAUUACAUUGGUGAUGCGAUACGGAGCGCAAAUUGUAAAGUGAAGUUAACAGCUGCGCAGUAUCAUAAAGCUAAUAAGAUGUUAGUCACGGGAUUUUCGAAUGGUAUAUUCUUCCUACAUGAGAUGCCAGAUGUGAAUUUGAUUCAUACACUGAACAUAUCGGAACAUAGAAUCAGUAGUGUCUCCAUUUCUGCUCAAGGCGAUUGGAUAGCCUUUGGUUGCCCGAAUAUUGGACAGUUGCUUGUUUGGGAAUGGCAGAGUGAACAGUAUGUGAUGAAGCAGCAGGGACAUUCCCAAGAUAUGACCUGUUUAACAUAUUCUCCGGACGGUUUGUACAUAGUGACAGGAGCCUAUGACGGUAAAAUCAAGUUAUGGAAUACAACAUCUGGUUUCUGUUUUGUAACAUUUUCGGAACAUAAGUCGACUGUAACAGAUGUUGUGUUUAGUACAAAUAAGAAAUUCUUUGUGUCGUCUUCGCUUGAUGGGACUGUAAGGUGUUAUGAUUUGACAAGGUACCGAAACUUCAGGACGUUAACAUCACCCAGUCUCGUACAAUUCAGUUGUGUAGCGAUUGACUCCAGUAGCGAAUUGUGUGCGGCCGGUGGACAGGAUGUCUUCGAGAUAUUUCUUUGGUCUGUCAAAUUUGGAAAGCUUUUGGAGGUACUAGGAGGUCAUGAGGCGCCAGUAUCUAGUCUUUCGUUCAGUCCGAGUUUAUCAAGUUCUCGACUUGCAUCCGCUUCCUGGGAUAAAACUGUUAAGUUGUGGAAUUCCAUAGAAACUAGUUCUGAUUGUGACACGAUACAGUUAACUAGUGAUGCCCUGCAAGUUGCCUUUAGGCCAGAUGGUGAAGAGAUAGCAGUCUCAACGUUAGAUGGAAAUAUCAGCUUUUUCAAUGUGACUACUAGUGACCAAACCGGAAGUAUCGAGGGCAGAAAUGACCUGGGGUCAGGCAGAGCUGACACUGAUUUAAUAACACCUGAAAAAAUGUUAAAAACCAAAGCAUUCACAACAAUAUGCUAUUCAGCGGAUGGCUCAUGUCUUCUCGGUGCUGGUAAUUCGAAGCAUGUCUGUCUAUACAGUGUAAAGGAAGCGGUUUUAAUACGAAAAUUUGUUAUCACUCAGAAUCGAUCCUUGGACGCUGUCAAUGACUUUAUAAACCGUCGUUUUCUGACGGAGUUUGGUAACAUGGCUUUAGUGGAGCAGCGUACGGAGUUAGAAGGCGGUGACGUCAGUGUACGUCUCCCAGGGGUUAAGGCUGGAGAUAUGGCUGAUAGGAAAGUCAAACCCGAGGUUCGAGUACAUAGUAUAAGAUUUUCACCAACCGGCGAAAGCUUCGCUGUAUGCGCUACUGAGGGAUUGCUGGUGUAUAGUCAAAAUGCAGGACUCGAUGGGACGUUUAGACCUUAUCGCCUUGAAACCGGAUCUACUCCACUUGCAGUGAGAUCACUGCUAGAAGAAAAAUCAUGGGGUCUUGCUCUCGUCGGAGCUUUGCAACUGAACGAACACAAUAUUAUACAGGAGUGCGUGGAAGCAGUGCCAUCUAGCGACAUCGAACUAACAGUAUCAAACCUGGAAGAAGACUACUCGAACCGUCUACUAAACUCCAUAGCCCGUCUACUGGAAGACAGUAGACAUAUAGAGCAUCUACUCAUUUGGGUGAAGUGUCUCAUCAAUAGGCAUAAGAAAAUCCCGCAAACUGUUCUUCUCGCUUUGGAGAAGGUGUUGACGGUGAAAUAUGGACAGCUUAGUAAGAUAUGCGAUUUCAACAAAUACACAAUAAGAUGUAUUAAAGCGGUUGGUGAAAUAACUCCUAAGCAAGAUGUGGACAUGGACAACGAUGCGUCUAGUGGAUUAGGAACAGCGUCUGAUUCAGAUGAAUAA